GGUUCAAGCCUGCGCCUCGCAGGCCCCAGGUUCCCACGCUCCACUGUCGGGUUUUGGGGUCGCCCUAUAGGUUAAAACCCCGAACCUGCUCAUUCCUCUCGCAGCGUGGCCCCUAGACGUUUCCAGUCUCGUAGUUCCGAGAGGGUGUGGAGGUCUGCGUCCAUUUCGGGUUAAAAUCGCUCUGAAGUGGGUACUGGCCCCCUACUUUUUUGCCUUCGGUCAGUGUGGCCACCGACCGCCCACCGCGUCGUUUCUCUGCUUAAAACUCUUCUCUGACUCCCUCUUCGCUCCCCCUGGUAAAGCCCUCAUUCGGGGCGGAUACACACCCUUCGCCCUCGUCCAGGGAGAACAGAGGGGAAGCAGAAAGGGAGGAGAAAGAGGGAGAAAUGCGCGAAAUUAGAGAGCAAUCAGAAAGAAUAGCCGGGACUGAAAAAAAGGAUGCUAAACACUGUCAGAUGUGGCCAAACACUGUCAGAGAAGGAGGGGAAGGGAAGCAAAAUGAGUAGAAAUGGACAGGGAAACGCCGAAAUGGGAGAAAGAAAAGGAAAGAAACAGAAGGUGGGAGAGAGAGAUUCACAGGGACCCAAAUCCAACCCACACAAUAUGACCUCAGGGAGGAUGCUAGGAAGAUGAAGAACUGUGAUGAUCCACUUCCUUUUAGUGAAUGACUGAUCUUACCUGAGAAAGAAACUCAGAGGAAGAGGAAAGAAAGAAGAGGAGGGAAUGGCUCUUUCUCAGGGACUGUUUACAUUCAAGGAUGUGGCCAUAGAAUUCUCUCAAGAGGAGUGGGAGUGCCUGGACCCUGCCCAGAGGGCCUUGUACAGGGAUGUGAUGUUGGAGAACUACAGGAACCUGCUCUCUCUGGAUGAGGAUAACGUCCUUCCAGAAUACGAUAUUUCUGUUGGAUUUACAAGCAAAGGAUUAUCACCAAAGGAAAACAAUAAAGAGGAAUUAUACCAUCUGGUGAUAUUAGAAAGAAAGGAAAGCUGUGGCAUCAACAAUUUUGACCUCAAGGAAGUCUGGGAAAAUAUGCCUAAGUUUGACAGCCUGUGGGACUAUGAUGCAAAAAAUUACAAAGGAAUGCCUUUGACCUCUAACAAAAAUCUCACUCACAGGAAAGAUCAACAACAUAAUAAAUCCUCAAUACAUUUCUCUUUAAAGCAGAGUGUUUUUAUAAGAGAUAGUGCAUACCAAUAUUUCAUACAUGACACGCCAUUUAUAAGGAAUUUGUUUAAACUGAAAAAUAACAUAAGGUAUGCUGGAAACAAAUACGUGAAAUGUUUUGAAAAUAGAAUUGGAUUAAGCUUACAGGCACAGCUGACUGAACGACAGAGAUUUCAAAGUGGGGAGAAAAUGUAUGAAUAUAAUCCAGUUGAGAAGUCUAUCAAUAGUUCCUCAGUUUCACCACUUCCUCCUUGUGUCAAAAACAUUUGUAAUAAAUACAGGAAGAUUUUGAAAUACCCUUUGUUACAUACACAGUAUGGGAGAACACACAGAGAAAAAUCAUACAAAUGUAAUGACUGUGGAAAGGCUUUUAGCAAAAGUUCGAACCUUACUAAUCAUCAGAGAAUUCAUUCUGGACAGAGACCUUACAAAUGUAAGGAGUGUGGCAAAGCCUUUAACCAGUGUUCAAACCUCACUAGGCAUCAGAGAGUCCAUACAGGAGAGAAACCGUAUCAAUGUAAUAUAUGUGGCAAGGUGUGUAGUCAAAAUUCAAAUCUUGCAAGUCAUCAGAGAAUGCAUACUGGAGAGAAACCUUACAAAUGUAAUGAAUGUGGUAAGGCAUUUAUCCAGCGUUCACACCUUUGGGGUCAUGAAAGAAUUCAUACUGGAGAGAAGCCUUACAAAUGUAGUGAAUGUGACAAAGCCUUUGCCGAGCGUUCAAGCCUUACCCAACAUAAGAGAAUCCAUACUGGAGAGAAGCCUUACAUAUGUAAUGAGUGUGGCAAAGCUUUUAAGCAGUGCUCACAUCUCACUAGACAUCAGAAUAUACAUCCUGGAGAGAAACCACACAAAUGUCAUGUGUGUGGCAAGGCUUUUAUCCAAAGUUCAAGUCUUGUGGAACAUCAGAGAAUUCACACUGGAGAAAAACCUUACAAAUGUAAUAAAUGUGAUAAAGCUUUUAUCAAACGUUCACACCUUUGGGGUCAUCAGAGAACUCAUACUGGAGAGAAACCUUACAAAUGUACUGAAUGCGGCAAAGCCUUUACUGAACGUUCAAAUCUUACUCAGCAUAAGAAAAUCCAUACUGGAGAGAAACCUUACAAAUGUACUGAAUGUGGCAAAGCUUUUACCCAAUUUGCAAACCUUACUAGACAUCAGAAAAUACACAUUGAAAAGAAACAUUGUAAACAUAAUAUACAUGGUAAUGCUUUAUUCCAAAGUUCAAACCUUGGGGAUUAUCAAAAAAUUUAUAAUACGGAAAAAUGUAUCAAAUAUAAUGAGAUAAAAAUUAAAUAAGUAUUCAAGCUGUACUUAGCAUCAGGGGUUCCACUGUGAAAAGAAACCAUAUAAAAUGAAAAUGUGGUAAAGCCUUUAGCUAUGGCUUGUACCUUACUUGAUACCAGAAUAUACAUCUUUGAGAUAAACCACACAAAGAUAACGUGUAUGGCAAGGCUUAUCCAAAGUUCAACCUUGUGGAACUCACAGAAUUCUUACUGUGGAGACGCCUUACAAAUAUAAUGAAUGUGAACAGCUUUAUAAAAAUAUUUACCCUAUUAUGGAUAGAACAGAAUACAUUCAGGAUGGAAACCAUACAAAUGUGGCAAGUCCUUUAAGCAAUGUUCUGACUUCAGGAUACACCAUUCAUUUUGGAGAGAAACAUUACAAAUGAAGGUGAUAAAUUAUUUUAAAUUUCUCAAUGGAAAUUCAUCCUUAUACGAAAGCAUUUUGUCAUACAAAAAUUCAGGAUAGAGGGAACUAAGUCUUUAUUCCUUCUUGAAGAUUGAUUGAUGUUAAAUUCACAAUUUUAAAAAGUCACAAACUCAUAAGAUGUUGUGUGUCAGAGGAGCAAGGACAUCUGUGUAAAGAUGUAACUCUUCAGUGUUAAUUUUUUAUUCAGUUAUUUCAUAUUGUUAAAAGUAUUGAUGAAUUACACCUUGAAAUUUGAAAUAUGUUGAUGUUAAAUCUUCAUGGCAUGCUUUUCAUUUAUCAUGUUCGUCUCAAGGAAUGGAUGUAAGAUGGAAGGGACUACUUCCAAAGGUGUGGCUUAUAUAUAUUAUUGAAACCAGGAAAAAGCAAGAACACUAAUUUUUUUUUUUUUUUUUUUUGAGACAGAGUCUUGCUGUGUUGCCCAGGCUGGAGUGCAGUGGCACGAUCUCAGCUCACUGCAACUUCUGCCUCCUGGGUUCAAGUGAUUCUCCUGCCUCAGCCUCACGAGUAGCUGGGAUUACAGGCAUGUGCCAUAAUGCCUGGCUAGUUUUUUUUUGUUUUAUUUUCUUUUUAUUUUUAGUAGGCAUGGGGUUUCGCCAUGUUGGUCAGGCUGAUCUUGAAUUCCUGACCUCAGGUGAUCCAUCCGCCUUGGCUCCCAAAGUGCUGGGAUUACAGGCGUGAGCCACUGUGCCCAGCCAAGAACACUAAUAUACAAUAUCCUAUAAGAGCAUGGGGGUUUGUGACAGAAGAGAGGUAAAACUAUUGUCUAACAUAUGCUUUAUGUGGUCAGGACCCCUUAGAAUUGUUGAUAUGACUGGGGACCUUUGUGAAUUAUAGGCAAGAUAGGUUACACUACAAGAUGACCAUGAAACAAGAAGAGUAGGAUGGGACAUUGAGAGAUUUCAUGGAAGUAAAAUGGUCAGUUACUAGAGACUGCAUAUGUGGUAGAAAGAAAUGGAGGGGGAAUGAUGAUCACCUCUCUUUUGAAAGGUAGUAACUGUUGCAUAUCACAGAUUAUUGAACAUAGGUCUUAGUUUUGGAAACUGAAGAGAGAAUGGUUACCAUAGAGGACAGUUCAUCAAAAGAACCAGAGUAGAGUGUUCUUAUAAGGGAUUCACAUUUGGCCCCUGAGAUUGCAUUUGAUACUCUUUUAUUUAGAAUAUAUUAUACUUCUCAUGUCUUAGUAAAAUAUAAUUAUUUUUUAGUAACGCUGAA